GUUUCCGUUGUCCAUCCUUCGCUGCGUACUCCUGAGCGAUCCGUUCUUCAUGUGCUGUCCUUCCGCGAAGACCGAAGAGAAAUGAAGCAAUUCGAAGUUAUCCAAAACACGCUACCUGGAGAUGUUGCCCUCAAAAUAGUUUCGAUGCUUUCGGUACGAGAUUUGUGCGCCUUGGGCUGUUGCUCUAGGUUUUGGAGGGAACUUUGUGGCUCAGAUUGUAUUUGGGAGUCUUUAACUAGAGAAAGAUGGCCUUCUCUUGUGUGCUUUGAUUUCUCUGCUUCGUCUUCUUCUUCCGCUCCUCCCAACGCUCCCAAUUUCAAGGAAUGGAGGAAAUUGUACAUCGAGAAGCACAAUGAGGUGGCAGUUAGAGCAGCAGCUGCUGCCAAGUUUGUGGAAGAGAGCUCGCCCUCUAAAUCACUCGAAGUUGGGGACUAUCUGAAAGCAAUUAGCAUCUUGGAUGACAUGAAGCUUGGUUUCAAAGAUGUCCAGAUGUGCCUUUUCAGGCCUAACCUGAAGGUGCUGGUUAACUUGGUUGGCCUGCACUAUUGCCUGACUUGGCUUAGAAUUCCGGGUGAUCAACUCAAAGAAGCUCUUCAGGUGAGUGAGAUUGCAGAGCGUCAUGUGUGCGUCAAGUGGUGGAAACUUGGGAGAUGGUUCUUUGGCUUCCGCAUGAGGGAUGAGUCGCAUUCCCGAUGGGCUUCAUUAGCUGAUUUGGCAACUGAUGAUGAUGAACACCUUCUGGCAGUGCUUAUCCGGGGUGCAAUUCAUGAGGUUUUACGUGUUCAGAUAUCCAGCGAAGAAGAUCACCACACAAACCCUUGGUCUGCCCAGAUCACCCAGGGACAUGGUUAGGGGUGUUUAUUUCCAUAUCCUUGCAAUACUAAUAGUUGUAUAGUGUUUAUCACAACAAAACAUAAUGUACGUGCUGUCAUAUAUUUAAGCUUAUUAGGUUGAGUUCUGA